UCCGGGCCCCCGCGGCGAGGCGGCUCGGGCGGGCCGGCCAGGUGGCCCGCGAUGCUGGGGCGCUGCAAGGCCGGGCUGCCGCCGCCGCCGCCGCUGCUGCUGCUGCUCCUGGGGCCGCUCGGCCCCUUCUCCCCGGGCGCCCUGGCGGGACCCGCGCAGGCCGAGGACUCCGUGGAGCUGGACUUCUCCACCGAGCGGCCGGUGCACCUGGUGAGCCCCGCGUUCCUGUCCUUCACCAUCGACGCCAACCUGGCCACGGACCCGCGGUUCCUCACCAUCCUGGGUUCACCAAAGCUUCGUACCCUGGCCAGAGGUUUGUCUCCUGCAUACCUGCGAUUUGGUGGCACCAAGACGGACUUUCUAAUUUUUGAUCCCCAAAAAGAACCAACCUUUGAAGAGAGAAGUUACUGGCAGUCUCAAGUCAAGCAGGAUAUUUGCAAAUCUGGAUCCAUCCCUUCUGAUGUAGAGAAGAGGUUACAAUUGGAAUGGCCAUUCCAGGAAAAACUGCUGCUCCAAGAACAGUAUCAGAAAAAGUUCAAGAACAGCACUUACUCAAGAAGCUCUGUGGAUAUGCUGUACACUUUUGCAAAUUGCUCAGGAUUGGACUUGAUCUUUGGUCUAAAUGCCUUAUUACGAACAGCAAAUUUGCAGUGGAAUAGUUCUAACGCUCAGUUGCUCCUGGACUAUUGCUCUUCCAAGAAUUAUAACAUCUCUUGGGAACUAGGCAAUGAACCUAACAGUUUCCGGAAGAAGGCUGGUAUUUUCAUCGAUGGAUUGCAGUUAGGAAAAGAUUUUGUCAAGCUGCAUAAACUUCUAGGCAAAACCUCUUUCAAAACCGCCAAUCUCUAUGGUCCUGAUAUUGGCCAGCCUCGAGGAAAGACAGUCCCCAUGCUAAGGAGUUUCCUGAAGGCUGGAGGAAAAGUGAUUGAUUCUGUUACAUGGCACCACUACUACUUGAAUGGACGAAUUGCUACAAAAGAAGAUUUCCUAAACCCUGAUGUGUUGGACACUUUUACUUCAACUGUGCAAAAGAUUUUCCAGGUUGUUGAGGAGACCAGCCCCCACAAGAAGGUUUGGUUAGGAGAAACAAGCUCAGCAUACGGGGGUGGAGCACCCUUGCUGUCCAACACCUUUGCAGCUGGCUUUAUGUGGCUGGAUAAAUUGGGCCUGUCGGCCAGAAUGGGCAUAGAAGUGGUGAUGAGGCAAGUGCUCUUUGGAGCUGGAAACUACCACUUAGUAGAUGAAAACUUCGAACCUUUACCUGAUUAUUGGCUAUCUCUUCUGUUCAAGAAACUCGUGGGCACCAAUGUGUUCAUGGCAAGUGUGAAAGGUCCAGACAGAAGUAAACUUCGAGUAUACCUUCAUUGCACCAAUGUCAAUCACCCAAGGUAUAAAGAAGGAGAUUUAACUCUGUAUGCCUUAAACCUCCAUAAUGUCACCAAACGCUUGCAGUUGCCGUAUCAUCUAUUUGACAAACAAGUGGACAAGUAUCUCAUACAACCUCUAGGACCUGAUGAGUUACUUUCCAAAUCUGUUCAACUCAAUGGUCAAACUCUGAAGAUGGUGGAUGAUCACACCCUCCCUGCUUUAACAGAAAAAUCUCUCCGCCCAGGGAGUUCACUGGGCUUGCCAGCUUUCUCAUAUGGAUUUUUUGUGAUAAGAAAUGCCAAAGUUCCUGCUUGCAUCUGAAAAGGAAAAGCCUACACUAGCCGCGAGAUUGAAAUUUUCAAAUGUAUUGAUAAGAGGAAAACAAAAUCCAAGCUAUAGGAAGGCAAGCAGAUACAUUACAAAUCAACGAGCGAGGGCUUUAGGGCCACUGGGACACUCUCAGUGCUAGAUUUAAUGGAGUCUUUUGUUCUAAGUAGACCACUGCUAAUAAUACCUUGCGCCAAACACUACACUUAGUGCUUUGCAUGUUCUAUUUUUAUUUAAGGUUAUUAAAAAAGGUAUAUGGGUGCUCUCAAUACAGCCAGGAGGCAAGUAAGUGAAGGCUAUAUGAUUAACUUUAAGAAAGUGCUUAGUUAUUUUUAUUUUAAAAAACAGUUAUUAAAAGAUAGCAGGAAUCUAUUCUAUAUGCUCUCUCUAUGGAAAGAGUCUACUGCCACAAUCUUCAAAUUGCCUAUACAUGAGAGACAGUCUCUUUGCACCUAAACAGGCAGCUGGGUUCAACUGCUGCUUCUCUUCUCUCUGUUCUGUCUUUGUCAACAAUGCUGUGUGAGAGGACAGAUGGUUAGAAGUGAUAGUACAAGAAAAAAGAACAAUUCAGAGGGACUGGAUUAUGUAAACUUGAAAUGAAAUUUUAAAGUGACUAUAAAAGAAAUUGACUCCCCAAAAGGAGAAAUACAUUAUUAUAACCACCUGUUAAUAUUUACUUUUCAUCUACCUUUAAUUCUUGUUUUAGUUGGGAAACUUUUGGCUGCAAGUAGCAGAAAACCCUGAUUCAAAUGGCCUAAACCAUCAGGACAUUUAUAACCCUACAUAAUAAGAAGUUCAAGUAGGGCAGGCUCAGGAUGUCACCAAGGAACCAGCACCUUUCCAUCUCUCUGCUCUGUCACAUUUAGCAUUGGCUUCAUUCUCAAGCUCAUGCAUGAUGGCUGGAGUUAUUCCAUGGACCCAUUCAGACCCGGCAGCAGUCAGAGAAAGAUGAGCAACUUUUUUUCCUCUCCUUCAUAGUCCUGAAGAAUCCUUUCUCAGAGGGUCUCUCAGUAGACCUAGUGGACCUUUCCUCAUGUUUCCUCAUGUCUUAUUGGUCAGGAAUGGGUCACAUGGCCAUUCUCCCCAUCACUAUCAACAUCAAUGAAAUCCCUCUAAUUGUCUCCUAGUAAUCUUUUGGAAUGGACAGGGUGUUUGGAAGUCUGUGGCACUGACAACCAUAGUUCUGUGCUUUUAUCACUGAUGGAAGGUAUUAUUUUCUCCUGUAUCUUAAUUUUUAGAAAUAUAAUUCUCUUUAUAUUUAUGCCUGCUAUGAAUAUUGUCUCAAUUAAAUUUAAGUACAUAUAUAAGGAGCUAAAGACAGAACCUAGAGUUUGGAUGCUUCGAUACCCCUAAAUUUUAUAUAUAAGUAGUUUUUAUAUUUUCACAUUGGAAAUAAAGUAAUUUUUAUAACCUCAA